GUGAUGAUGACGUCAGUCGCCUUGCCAUAAAAGCCCGCUUUCCGCGGGAACGCUGUCAGGUUGUCACUGGCUGCAACGGCUGCGAAGAAUCCAUUUGACCUCGGGGCUCCCCACGUGCACGUCACCUUCGCCAUGGCGCCGCUCUCACAACUUCUUCUUUUGAUGACCUUUUCCGGCCUUCUUUGUGAAACGGGAAACUCCACGCCGCGGCCGACCCGAAACGUGAGCCGCUCGGGAAAUUUCUCAGGACGCUACGAACUGGCCGGGGUGCGCUCCUUCGCGGCGAAAGGGGAAACGGAGCUGCGGAUCGUCGGCGGUCAGGAGGCCUGGGCGCACUCUUGGCCGUGGCAAGUGUCGCUCCGCUUCGCCGGCAUGCCGGCGUGCGGCGGCGCCGUCCUCUCGCCGCUCUGGGUGAUCUCGGCCGCCCACUGUUUCAAAAGGUUCCACAAGGCUUCCUUCUGGACGGUCCUAGCGGGAAAACACGACCUGGACCACCCCGAUGAGAAGGGACAGCAGGUGGCGGGCGUGUCGGCCAUCGUCAGCCAUCACCGCUACAACUCCGGCACCAAAGAAUUUGACGUGGCUCUGCUGAGGCUGGAGCGAGCGCUGGCCUUCGACGGCUCCGUGCGACCCAUCCACGUGUGGACGUCGUCGUUGCCCGUCGGGGAGAAGUGCGCCGUCACCGGCUGGGGGUCCACGCGGGAGAACGGGCCUCGAGUGUCGCGACUGCAGGAGGUCAACGUCACCGUGCUGACCUCCGACCUCUGUCGGCGCUACUACAAAAGCAGGCUGCGGACACGCAUGUUCUGCGCGGGACAGGAAGGGGGCGACGUCGACGCGUGUCAGGGCGACUCCGGCGGUCCGCUUUCCUGCUACGCCAACGGGCGCUUCCGUCUAUUGGGCGUUGUGAGCUGGGGCGUGGGCUGCGGUCGGGCCAGAAAACCCGGCGUCUACAGCAGACUCGGCCAGUACGCUAGCUGGAUCGCAGAGGUCGUCGAAAACCAGGAAUUGGGCUACGCGGACAAGCCUGGCGAAGAAGACCCGUGCGGGAAGCGGCGUCGGUCCGGCUGCCGGAACCCCCGGAUCCCGGCGGGUCUGUCGAUAGCAGAGGACGGGCGGGCCCGGGCGGAGAACGUGACGGCGGCGUGUCCGGGGGCGUGGCCCUGGCAGGUCAGCCUCCAGGCCAACGGCGUCCAUUACUGCAGCGGGGUUCUGCUUCGCCGACGCUGGGUGCUGGCCGCGCGACACUGCCAAGUCAGGGCGGGAGAGGACGUGGCGGUCCUGGGGGCCCACGACCUCGGCUUGUCUUUGUCUCAAAUGGUGCCGGUGGAGCGUGUCGUGGAGCCUCCUCAGGAAGACGGCUUCCCUCCCAAAGAUGACCUCGCGCUGCUCCGGCUCGCCCUCCCCGCCAGGCUGGGUCCCGGCGUGACGCCGCUUUGCCUGCCGGAAGAGGACGAGGUGCUGGACGACAGCUGGACCUGCCUCAGCGCCGGCUGGGGGACGACGUCCGCCACGGCCGGCCUCAAAUCCGAAGAUCUCCACCAAGCCCGCGUCCUAUUGGUGGGGCGCGGCGAGUGUCGGGCCAAGUGGGGCCGGAGCCCGGUCGACGACGCCCACGUGUGCGCCCACCCCGUCGCCGGCGCCGCCUGCACGGGCGACUCGGGAGCGCCGCUGUUCUGUCAAAAGCGCGGCGCCUACUUCCUGUUCGGCCUGCUGACGUGGGGCAGUCGCCGAUGCGACCCCGACAAGCCGGCCGUCUUUUCCAAAAUGACCGAUUACGUCUCGUGGAUCGACGAGGUGACGGAAGCCUAACGGGACCCAGUUUUAUUGCGCAAUAAAAAGAACGAACAAA